AUAUGUAUGUGGUUACAUGACGCGAUUCCAAAAUUUCAUUCGCCACUUACGGGAUAUGGGCGACGAGGUGCUUGUGGUGACCACUCACAAGGGAGCUCCCAAAGAGUUUCUUGGAGCAAAAGUAAUACCUUCUCUAAGUUUCCCCUGCCCGUGGUACAUGAAUGUCCCUCUCGCGCUGGGAUUCAGCCCACGAAUCGUUUCCGAAGUGGCUAAGUUCAAGCCUGACAUCAUCCACUCCACCUCACCAGGAAUCAUGUGUUUUGGAGCCAUGGCAACAGCAAAGAUGACACACACGCCCUUCAUGCUCUCGUACCACACACACGUGCCAGCGUACAUACCGAAGUACACUUUUCCAGGACUAGUGGAGCCAAUGUGGAAAGUUAUCCGCUACUUGCACCGAGGGGCGGACCAUGCCAUCACGACAUCUCAUGAGCUGGCAAAGGAGCUUAAAGAGCACAACGCCACAGCAGGUGGCAGCAGGCAGAUGGGCGUGUGGCCCAAGGCAGUGGAUUCCCACAAGUUCAACCCGCGGUUUCGAGACCAGGAGACACGGAAGAUGCUCAGCGGGGGGGAGGUGGACAAGCCACUUAUUGUGCACGUGGGGCGGCUGGGUGCUGAGAAGAACCUUCAUCUGCUCAAACCCAUGCUGGACAAGCUUCCAGGGGCACGCCUUGCUUUCAUCGGGGAUGGCCCACACAGAGGCGAGUUGGAGAGACUGUUUGCGGGCACACCCACAGUCUUUGCCGGCAUGAAGCAAGGAGCUGACCUCUCCCGUGCAUUCGCAUCAGGAGACAUUUUCAUCACCCCUUCGGAAACAGAAACGCUGGGAAACGUGGUUCUAGAAGCUAUGGCAUCAGGCGUGCCUGUUGUCGCCGCCCGGGCAGGUGGAAUCCCAGAUAUUGUGAACAGAGAGGGGCAGAACGGGUUCCUGUUCACUCCGGGCGACGUGGACGACGCGGUCGGCAAGCUUCGGCAGCUAGUGACAUCCAAGAAAAUGCGAGAGGCGAUAGUUGAGGCAGGGUUGCAGGACGCGGAGGCGUGUGAUUGGAGGGCCAGCACGAGGACAGUGAGGAACGAGCACUAUGGGAGGGCGGUUUACUCGUUCAUUCGCAAGGGGCGGGUGAAUCUGAGGAGCAGGAAGCCUCUGGCUGUGGCUGCUCCGGCCACAGUCUUCCCUCCCGGGCCGCGUGACCUGCAGUGA